CAGGCUGCUCGCGCUGCUGACACUGUUCACCUCCAACAGAGAAACUUUCCUGGAGUUCUUUCCUGGACUCUUCUGACUGCGGACCAAGUGAAACCCUGCUCAGAGGAAGCCGCAGCCGCCCGCAGGCCCUUCAUGCUGUAGAGAGACAGAGCGCGCGGAUAUAUCCACUCCUACAGCCGAGGGACUUUUGGACGGUUCAUGCAGAUUUUAGUUCAAACUUGUCAAAGCGUCUUCCUGGAGUAACGUCAGCUCCUUUAGUGCUUCCCACACCGGGCUGGAGGUCUGGAUCCACAGGAAUAUGCUCUGGAUUACUGAGGAGUUUCUCUAAAAGUGAGCGGAGUUUGUAACGGAGCUAAAACUCUCUGGACCUCUUUUUCUCUCUGAAACUUUUCCUCCAGUGUUUGGAUAUGGCUCGGAUAAGAUGGGGCCUCUUUUUUUCCUUCGGUUUGCUUCUCUCCCCGGUAUUUGUGUCAGCGGUGCAGCAGCAGAGCCAGACCGGCUUCAGGAGGCUGUACGUGAUCCAGCCCGGGCCGGGGCCGGGGUCGUCCGGAGCGGACGGCGGAGUGCGCGUCAGCUCCAUCUCGUCACGCAGCGGAGCUCAGGGACAGCCGCACACGUACAACGUGGAGCUCACUGCCAACUACGGCGGCCAGGUCCGGACCCGGAGGAUGGGGAAUCAGGCGCCCAGCGGGCAGGAUCAGAGCCAGCAGAAGCAGCUCAUGAAGCAGUCUGGGGUAAAUGUGUGUGGAGGCCAGUGCUGUCACGGAUGGAGUAAAGCUCAGGGAUCACAGCGGUGCACGAAACCCAAUUGCAUCCCUCACUGCCAGAAUGGAGGAAUGUGCCUCAGGCCUCAGCUCUGUGUCUGCAAGCCUGGCUCCAAUGGGAAGGCAUGCGAACACAAGAUGCCCACACACCCCUUCCCAGCAGUGCCAGGAAAUGGACCCACUAACGGGCACACCGGUGGUCACACAAACGGACACAACGUGGUGCCCCAGCGGCCCAUUCCUCAGCAAGUGUCCCCCAGUGGUUACGCCUCUGCACCCAGCAACAUGGCGCAGAUGAAACUGACGGUCAAGCCGGGGCCUCAGCUCGUCAGACCUCACUACAUCCAGCAGCACAUGCAGCAGCAGAUCAGACCAAUGCACCCAGGGCAGAACCAGCAGUAUGUCCUGAAGCCCAAAUACUACCACACACACACCACACACACACAGACGCAUGUCCAAUCCCAACCUGAGAGGCCAAUCCCCCUAACAGUAGGACACAACCCGAUCCAUGUUGGCAACCAUACAGGAAGGAUCAAGGUGGUCUUCACACCAACCAUCUGCAAAUAUACCUGCAUAGGAGGCAGAUGUCACAACAACUGCGAGCAGGGGAACACCACCACCAUCAUCAGUGAGAACGGCCACGCCACAGACACCCUGACAGCACCCAACUUCAGAGUAGUUGUCUGUCACCUGCCGUGUAUAAAUGGAGGCAAAUGCAGCGCCAGGGACAAGUGUCAGUGCCCUCCCAGCUUCACCGGAAAGUUCUGCCAGAUGCCCGUCCAGAACGGACACCAGCAGCACCAACAGACCUCACAGGGGGGCUACACCCAGACCCAGGUCCACUCCACACACACACUGCCUCUGACCUACAGCAACGGCCAGAGUCAAGUUUUCAACCCCAGCUUCGUCAACAUUCACAUCAAACACCCCCCGGAGGCGUCCGUCCAGGUCCACCAGGUGUCUCAGCUGGACAACUACCACAAUAAUGGGCACCAGGUGAAAGGCUCCCAGUCAGGCUCCUCCUCCACCAGCUACACCUACCACCACUCUGAGAGCAGCCAGAAGAUACAGCACCACGGCUACAAUAUAGUCUAUCCCGGCCAGCACGGCUACCAGGUGCCCCCGUACCAGCCGGUCACCUCCAAGAACACGCUGGGGCGCUGCUUCCAGGAGACCGCAGGGAGUCAGUGUGGGAAGGCCCUGCCAGGUCUCACCAAGCAGGAGCAGUGCUGUGGAACCAUUGGGACCUCCUGGGGCUUUCACAAAUGCCAGAAGUGUCCAAAUAAACCAUCCAUCCCUCUGAUCGAUUGUCCUCAGGGAUACAAGAGAAUCAACGCUUCUCACUGCCAAGAUUUAGACGAGUGCCAGCUUCAGGGCGUCUGUCCCAAUGGAAACUGUAUGAACACCGUGGGCAGCUACAGGUGCAUGUGCAAACCCGGCUUUGUCCCCGACCCAACGCUCACCACAUGCAUAUCCAACACGCCUGCCAUCCAAGAGGAGAAGGGGGCUUGCUUCCGUUUGGUCAGCUCAGGGAGGCAGUGUUUGCACCCAGUGUCUGCCCAGCUGAGCAAACAGCUUUGCUGCUGCAGUGUGGGCAAAGCCUGGGGCCCUCGUUGUGACAAAUGCCCCCCUCCAGGAACAGCUAAGUUCAAAGAGAUCUGCCCCGGAGGAAUGGGCUACACAGUUUUACCAAAUCCACCAAUCAACAAACCCGUUCACCAGGAGCCCAUCCACCUGCCAGCACCCCAACCCCUGCCAACACCAGAGAGACCAGUGGAGGCUUUUGGGCAACCAGAAGAGACAAUACCAGUAGCAACAGCUGCACCAGAUCAGGAGCUGGUAGUCCCUGUGGUUAGUGAUAGGCCAGUUGAACCCAUUCAGCCCCAGCUAUCUCCGGGUAUAUCCACCGUCAACAUCGAGGCAGCCUAUCCAGAGGUCAUUGAGAGGACCUCGCCUCCUGCUCCAGUGGAAAUCCUCCCAUCCAAUGCAGGCCAGGACAUCGCUCCGACCCAAUCAGCUGAGGUGGAUGAGUGCCAGAUCAACCCUUACAUUUGUGGCCAGGGAAUUUGUUACAACACAGCUGAGGGAUACACCUGCCACUGCCAUGAGGGGUACCGCCUGGAUGACGCCCAAACCACCUGUGUUGAUGUGGAUGAGUGUUUGGAAAGCACAUCUUAUUGCUUUGGCGGUCGCUGCACCAACACAGAGGGAAGCUUCCUAUGCGUGUGUCCGCAGGGAUUCCUGGUCGAUGAAGAGGGGACCAGUUGUGUGGAUAUGGAUGAAUGUGAAGACAGGAUGGUGUGUCCCUCUGGUAUCUGCUUCAACGUGCCAGGUAGUUACAACUGUGGACCCUGUCCUGAUGGCUUCUUGGCACAAGGAGGCCAGUGUGUAGAUAUAGAUGAGUGCCAGGACCAGAGCGUCUGCACCAGAGGCCACUGCCAGAACACCGAGGGCUCCUUUAUCUGUCACUGUGGGCCGGGCUUCAGAGUGUCCCGGACUGGAGACAACUGUGAUGAUGUGGACGAGUGUCUAGAAGAAGCCAGGCCCUGUGGGUCCGUAGGGGAGUGUGUGAACAACGUGGGCUCUUACACCUGUACCUGCCCCCCCGGAUUCAGACAGAUCAACGGCACCAUCUGCAGAGAUGUUGACGAGUGUAUGGACGAACAAGAGCUCUGUUCCCCCCACGGAGAGUGUCUCAACACCGAGGGAUCCUACCUAUGUGUGUGUGAGAGCGGAUUCACCGGCAGCCUCGACACGCCCUCCUGUGAUGAUAUCGAUGAGUGCGGGCUUAAUGAGACGCUGUGCGGCCCUCACGGCUUCUGUGAGAACAGACUGGGCUCUUUCCGAUGCCUCUGUGACCAGGGCUACCAGGAGUCCCCAGAUGGUCAAAGCUGUGUGGACGUGAAUGAGUGUGAGUUGCUUAGCAGUGUGUGUGGAGAGGCCCAGUGUGUGAACGUGGACGGCUCCUUCCUCUGCAUGUGUCCCAGCGGCCAGGAGUACAACGUCAUGAUCGCCAAGUGUGAGCCCAUCCCCACAGCGUCAUCAGUGGAGCGUAAGGAGUGCUACUAUCAUCUGAAUGAUGAAAACCUGUGUGAGAGUGUGCUGACCAGCCAUGUCACCCUGCAGGAGUGCUGCUGCACGCUUGGAGCCGGCUGGGGGGACAACUGCGAGGUUCACCCCUGUCCUGUCAAUGGCACUGACCAGUUCAAUCAGAUGUGUCCUUCUGGGAGAGGUUUAAUUCCCAGUGAAGACUUGCUGUAUGGUGUACCAACAUCUGGCAGCUACAGAGACGCAGAUGAGUGUUCAAUGUUCGGCCAGGAGGUGUGCAAAGGAGGCUUCUGUUUGGAUACUGUGGGCAGCUACGAGUGCUACUGCAAGACGGGACAGGACUACGACCCUGCCAAGCUGGAGUGCAAAGACAUCAAUGAAUGUCUGGAUGAGUCUGUAUGCGUCGGAAGCCAGUGUCUGAACACAGAUGGCUCAUACAUGUGUUUAUGCAUACAUCCCUUGGUGCUGGACCCAAACACUAACCGCUGUGUCCUCGUCCCUGAGGUGGCGGAACAACAUGAGUCAGAGCAGGUGGACUACCAGGGUAUCUGCUGGCAGACGGCGAUAGAAACCAUGACGUGCACAAGGCCGCUGGGUCCCAACAGGAAGACCACGUACACAGAGUGCUGCUGUCUGUACGGAGAGGCCUGGGGCAUGGACUGUGCACUGUGUCCGCCCAGAGACACCGACGACUACGCCUCCAUGUGUAACCUUCCUCUGGGUGACUCGCGGCGGCCAUAUGGUCGCGACGCCCUCGUUGCCAGCCCCGUCCAUGAAUAUGAAGUGAACCCGGACUACUCUCUGUCAUCUGAGCAGCAGGCGUCUCUGCCUUUUUAUGAGAGCGAGGAGCAUCCGUACAGGGCCUUUGAAGGUUUGAGAGCAGAGGAGUGUGGGAUACUGAACGGCUGUGAGAACGGUCGGUGUGUCAGAGUUCAGGAGGGUUACACCUGCGACUGCUUUGAUGGGUACACUCUGGACCUGUCCCGCAUGGCCUGCAUCGACGUGAACGAGUGCUCCGAACUCAACAACCGGAUGUCCUUGUGUAAAAAUGCAAAGUGCAUCAACACAGUGGGCUCCUAUCAGUGUGUGUGUCUGCCAGGUUUCACUCCCUCUGACAAACCUAACUACUGUGUGGAGGCGGCGUCAAACCCAACAUCGACACACACACAGUGAGCACGGAUGGACACUAGGGGGCGACAAGAGACAUUAAAACCACACGCACAAGCUUGUAUUACUAUACUUGUGAGGACGUCCAUGUCACUGCAAAAUUCUCCACACGUUAAGUUGAACUCCCUGGAUUGGUGUAAAUGUCCAUCAGCACUACCAAAUCCCAAACCACUUCACAGCUGAUCAUCGGAAGCAACCAAGGGGAGAGUUUAAGCUUGAGGGGGUCAUCAUAUUUAUAUCAGGGGGUGUGCCUUUAAACUGUCACUAAUCUAUUGGUAACCUUUGCCCAAAUCUUGCCUCUGAAUCAACAAAGUCCUGGUUCUGAUUUUACUCCUGUUUUUACAAUAUUUCUAUUUUAUUAUAUUUUCUUUAUUUUUUCAUCUUAGUGUUUUUAUAAUGUGGAGGUUUUAAAAUGAACCCUUUCCAGUUAUUAAAAAGUAUUACCAAGUUAAGGCCUUAAUUUUUUAAGUAUAAUAUCUUUAACUGACAAUCAAAGACUUGACCAUUACCACUGUAGCUUGCUGUUGUUUCUUUAAUCUAAGUAUAACCUAAUUUUCCAGCAGUGUGAUGGUAGAUCUCCUGUUGCACCCAAAUAAAGGCGCUGUUCCCCCAAUCAGAGAUUGAGAAGAUCCAGCCUCAAAGGACCAGACCUUCCUGGGCUGUGUAGACCACAAACUGAAAUGAGACUGUCUGCUCUACGGACGACUUCACCAGCUGUUCCCGCCCUUACUCUCUCGCUACUAAACACUACUCCUGUUGCCUACCUUAAAAGCUGCAGUGGAACUAGCUGACAUAGCAAACGCUACAAAGCUUAACCUACAAUUUUAAUAUAAAGUUAGAUUUCAAGUAACCUUUUAUCUGUAUCACCAACUUUAAAACAGAGUCAAACCAGUGGAUUGCAUUUCACAAUGUUUUACAUGGCUUUGUUUGAAAGUCUGCUAUCCCAAUCUAAUUGGCACGCAAUGAAUCUUGGGACAUGUUGGCCCAUGCUGGAUGCACCUGGCGCAUUUCCAUAGCGGCUUAAAAGGCAGGACGCAUUUGUAAGCUGAGUCUUCAAAAUGGGAAAACCUUCGACCAUUAAAACAUUGAUGUAGUCUUAGUGGUGUUAGUUGAAGCUGAAUGAUAGCAGUUGUGGUAUUAAAAACACUGACUCUUCCUAACUUUCAGUCAAACUAGAAACAUUGAGGGAGGUGGAGUUGAGGAGUGCCAAGGUCUGUCAGGCUUGCCCCUGGUGCAGUGUAGGCAAACAAAGACCAUCUGUUUUGACCAAAUCCACCUUUUAACUAGGCUGUAAAAACAUGCAUUUUAACAUGGGAAUUUGCUGCGCUUCCUGGGCUUUUGGAACCAGCCUCAAGUGGAUGCUUGAGGAACUGCAGUUUUUGCACUUCUGCCUUCAACAUGCAACUGCAACGCUAAAAUGCGCCCUUUGCAGGAUAAAGCCCCUCAUCUGGGACACAGCGAGUCUUGUGGUGAUUAGCCUAGCUUAGCAUAGUUUAAAAAGUCACAUGAUCACCAAAGAUGUUACAGUGCACCAUCUGCUAUUUAAUACUGUGUUUUAUCACAGUUGUCGACUCACUUCCAGAGACUUUUCCAAAGGAUUUUUUUUAGACCAAAAUGGCGGACAGACCGUGAACAUAGUGAUUGCUGUGGGCUAACAUCUAGGCCAGCUUUAAGUUUAGAAACAACAGCUUUAACCCUAACCCUAACCCUAACCCAAAUCCUUACAAAGUUCCAACCCACAUAUUCAGUCCAAACUCAUCACAUUCAGCUGGGUUAGUUACCAUGUGCUUCUAAUAUGACGAUCUGUGUCAUCUAGUAGAUUCAGUGUCACAUGUGUGCUUAGCGCCCUCGAGUUAGCAUCAUAACUAAGCAACAUCAAGUUAGCCUUUUACAACAAAGGGGUCAAGAUGACGCUAAGACACACACUAGCUCUGGUAAGACUAUAAAUAAAGCUUGCAGUGAAACAGUUCACAUGAGAUCCGUUAUUGGGUGUGUAACAGUAAUGAUCAUGUGGUUAACGCUGUGAGGAUGUCCCAACACAAACAGCACGGUGGGCUUUGGGUAAACUUUUAAAGAAAUCAACCUCACAAAAGAAGGACAUAUUGAAAUCUGGUUCCAACAACUGAAUGUCUAUUAUUAUGGACAACACACCUUCAUCUCCCCCCAGUAAAAAAAAAAAAGUGAAGCCAAAACACAGCAUCUAUGGGCACUAACAAUGCACCAGUGACUUUGUUUGGAGCCAAGGCAUGCUGACUGACAUCACAUCCCUUAAAUUAACCAGAUCACACACAUUUAAUUUACAGAGUAAAGAUCCCUUAGGUGAGAACAGUCCACAGGAAGUGGACAGCGCUCACGGCAAUGGAAAGUUCAAUGACUCUCUGUUAGGUGUUCCUCCUCCACUCUAAUCCACUAAGGAGUGCUACAUUUACUAAAGAGCUGUGCCCUAAAGGUUUUGGCUUCAUUUUGGGGGAGCUAUUGUGCUAUGCAUUGUUUUAUAUAGUCUAUGGUUUCAACACUAUGCUGGUUUGACAGUGUCCAGAUACUGCACCACUGACCAAGCUGUUGUAUUUGAUACAUUGGUUGUCUAUUUUUUACGCUCACAGAAUAACUAACCAAUCACUUCCCAUUAAGUCUGAUAUCUUUUGGAAUAAAUGAUGUUUCUCUCACUUUGCUCAACAUUUAGAGGAGUCCAAAGUGAAGCAAGUUAAGUCAUGCUUUAUUCUGGUGUAUGCUUUUUAGAAAUCACAGGUAUAUCGAUGGGAUUAUACAUUCUGAGCUGAAGUCCAACUCCUUUGACCUGGUCUUCAUCCUGACACUAUUAUUUGAAAGACAGCGGUAAUCAGCUGACAUUUAUUCUAGUAGAGCUUUAUACGUUUUACUCCUGAGGGGACAUCGGUCCUUAAAAGUACAGAAAUACAAGCACACACACACACACACACACACCCACAUACACAGAAACACACACAUAUACACAGACACUUACUUAAUCAAAGCCCAUAUAUUCUGCACUGUAUAAGAUACACACUAAAUGAAACAAACAGUAACUUACUUGAGAUGAAGAUGAAACUUAAUCUACUAUGUGGGGGAUAGAAACACAGAAUUGUAUAAAUAAAUGUUUUGUCUGUUGCUUUUUUAAGUUUGUUUCUUAUUUUGUUUUGAAAUGGAGUUUUAUUUGUGUCAUACGAGGAGGUUUAGCUCAUUUAACUCUUGACAAACCCUAUGGACUUGUGCUGGGGGAUAAAGUUGUUACGUUCUACCCAGUCAGACUGAUUGUGGAUAUUUAAUUCUGUGAAGAGGCCGGCUGCCUGCUCCCUCUCUUCCUCCAUCGCCAUCCCUCCGUCUGCAUAUAGGAAAGCUUUUAAAGGUAUCACAAGUUAAUUCAUAUGCACAUCCUGAUGCAUUCAAACAAGUAGCUAAUAUAAAGUGUUAAUAAUAAUAAUAAGCUGUUUGUGAGAUUUUGUGUUUGUUUUUUCCAGAACGGUAAAGUCAGUGAACCUGCGUGUUAAAACAAAGCCACGUUCCAUGUUUCCUAGAAAGAACUAAAAGACUUUUGUAUUUCCUCCUCUUCCCCUUCCUCUUCUUCUUCCUCUUCUUCUUCUUUCUGUAUGUGUUGAGAUGACUCAGAUGAAUUUUUAUUUUCAUACUUCUCUUGUCUGCGUUUCACUGCAAAGUCUUGCCAGGUUGCAAAGCUGCUAUGGGACAGCGAUGGGAGAGAAGAGACUUGUGUACAUUUAAACAAAAGAGUGGAGAAAACAGCUGAUGUAUUUGUAAUUUGUACAUGAAUAAAUAGCUUUUUCUAUGAAUUCAUAUCAACGUGUACAUUAAACCCCUCGGUAAUAAACCACAGAUUGUGAUAUUUACUUUG